AUGGCGAUCACCGCCUCGCCGGUCGUCGCGCAGCCGAAGGUGAGCCAGGUGCGCCCCGCGAGGAUCUACAAAGCGUCCACCGGCCCGCUGAAGACCCCGGCGGGGAGCGGCACCAAGGCAUCCCCGUCGCAAUCGAGGGGCGGCAGGUGGACGCACGCCCUCUUCGAGAAGGUCCGCGGCGAGGUGCAGAGGAGCGCGCACGCGUUGCUGCACGACAGACACGACGCCCCGUUGGUCCUCCCGCUCGAGGUGAACAUCGUGCUCGUCGGCUUCGACGGCGACGGCGGCUACAGGUACAGGGCGGACGCCGAGGCGCUGGAGACGUUCCUCCGACAAUCAUUCGGACACUUCCGCCCGAGCUCCAUGAGCACCGGCCGGCCGCUGGAGGUCAGCAUCGAGCUCCACUACAACGUGGUCCACGCGGGCACCGACCACCUGCGCACGAUCGAGUCCGCCAUAUCGCACUCCGCGGAGCCGGCGGAUGACGAGCCGCCGCCGCACCCGUGGGGCGACGUCGAGCUCCUUGCCAAAAAGUCCACGAACGACAACGACAACAACGACAACGACAAGCGGUGGCGCGCGUACGAGGUCGAGGCGGCGGGUCCGGUGGAGAACGCGGUUGAUUUCGUCUACCGCAAGAUAUUCGCGUCGCUCAAUCCCACGGUGCGCAACCUGGAGCCCGUCGCCGUGUUCGUGCUCAACCCCGACAAGUGUCGGAUGGACCCGGGCAAAGACCACGACGCGCUGGACUGGAGGGACGCGUCGGGCAUAUCGCGCGCGCCCCCCGAGACGCUGUCCCCGCCGGAGCUUCUCGCCGAGGAGUGCGGGUACGCGUACAGGUACAGGUACAUGGACGGCGAGGGCGCUUCGGCGGCGUGGGUCGGCGCGGGCCGAUACGCGGUGCUGGACCUCGGCGCGGGUCCCGCGGCGUUGACGCGGGUGGGGCGGGGCGUGGGCGGCGCGGAGAACGGGGGAGCCGCGGCGGAUGGAACCGACUGGGGCGACGCGGCGACCACGACGGAGACGUCGCUCCCGCGGCUCGGUCCCUUAUUGCUGCCGUACGCGCGGUACCUGGAAGAAAACGGGGACGACGAAGGGACGAGAGCGGACUUGGUGACACGAAGGGACGCGCACAUGCGCGGGCGGCUCUCCACCCUGGUGCUUUCGAGCGUGCGUCACCUGCUGGCGCCGGACGUCGCCGCGGAGACGCUCGAUUUCGCCGAACGAGUCAUGGUCCCCGUCAUCGUGCUCAGGGACCAUAACUCGUUCUGGCCGCUCGAUCUGGAGAGCGCCGGACCGUUUCGGCACCUCGACGUCGAGCUCGUCAAGGAGGAGGCCAAGAAGAUGCUCCAGCCCGGGCAGGAGAUCGUGCUCAUGACGGGUACCCACAACCUCCACGAGCACAAGCGCCUCACCGCCGCGGUGCUACGAUCGCUCCGAACGUCCUCGAGGGCGGAUCGUCGCAACGCGGGAAGUGGGCCGGGGCACGAGCACACCUACCACGUCACCGCGCGUCGAUACCUCGACGGCGCCACGCUGUUAGAGGAGUUUCGCGGGAGCGCGGACUUGCUGGCGUCGGGGCUCGUGGGUCUGGAAGAUCCGGACCUCGACGCGGCGUUUUACGCGCAGGCGAAUCGGUUGGCGGAUUCGACCGAUGGGGACGACGAGUUGGUUGGGGACACGAACCAAGGACGGGGGUACAAACCCAAACCCAAACAGCAACACGGCACGAGGGUCGUCCCGGUGUACGUCCUCUCCCUCGCGGGUUUACCCCCCGGCGUCCUCAUCGACGGCGAGUCCAUGGUGGCCGCCGCGGACGAUCUGGUCAUCGUGCUGCAGGGCCUCGGCGCCGGCCGCGGGGAGUGGGUCCCCGUUCGGUUCGCGUCUAACGACAGGUUGGUUCACGCGAGGCCGGGGGAACCGACGCGACACGUCGUCGCCGGCGUCGCGCGAGCCCUCGGCGGCGUCGUGUCCCCGACCGAGCGCUGGUCCCCGAUACACGGCGGCGUGGUGGAGAACUGGCUGUGGGCGGUGGGACACCACCCGUUCGGCCCGUUCUCGGGAUGUCCGACGAUGAGCGUGGUGUUGCAGGACGUGGCCAAGAGGAACGCGGCGCUCACGCGGGUGGACACCGCGUUGAGGGCGGUUCGCGCCGGCAUCGCGGAGAUUGAGGCGUUUGGGGAUGAGUUCCUCGCGUCGCCGUUUAGAUCCCUCUCCACAGACGACACAGCCGGCGACGACGACGACGGAGCUCACGUGGUGCUCAAGUCGUCGAAAGGAACGUGGCUCGACUACCUGUACAGGGACCCGAAACGCGUAGGCCCGCCCGGUCCGCUGCCGCAGUCGGUGGUGGCGCAGCUGGAGAAGGAGCUGAGGGGCGUCGAAACCGCGUUUGUGGACCUCGGGGGUAAGCUGUACAACCACGACCUGGACGAGGCGCACUCCGCGUCGUCCACCAUCCUCAUCGCCGCGCACGCGUUCGAGGCCAGGGCCAGGGACGAGGUGGCCCGCGCGAGGCACGGUCUGCGGUGCUGCCGGGCGGAGCACUCGAGGCCCGGCGCGGCGCGAGAACGUCGUCCGGGUGCGUUCCCAGUCGUCGCCGUCGUCGGCGCGGGGGCGUACCUCGCGGCGGCGUACCUGCGCGGCGGGAGCGGCGGGCGCGGCAGGGUGGGCGGGGCGCUGAGGGAUGCCACGGGUCGGGGUCGCGGGUGGAUGAAGUACAAGCGGAGGGCGCACGCGGACUGA